UAGUAGUUCUAACUGAUUUAAUCAAACUGAAGACUUUAGAGAAGAGUCACCACAGAGAGUGCUAUAAAUCUUUGAUAGAGUAAGUAGAAAGUGAACUUUACUUGGUAAUUUUACUGGUGUGUGCCUGUGUGUGUAUGCUGUAUAAUUUAGAUUUUGCUACUUCCAAAAAGCACGAGAUUGUUCACAAUACAUAUAUGUAAUAUAAACAAUGCUAUUAAAAUAGAGAUAGGAGUGAACAUUUCAGACAUGCAGAAAUAGAAAUAAAAAUGAUCCCUUUCUAAUGUUUUAGGGUGGCCAAACAAUAGAAGUUUUAAAAGCAAACCCAGUUUUCACUUUGGCACUCAUAUGAAAGCUGAUGGUGACAAAUCUCAGAUCCUCAUUGUCAAGAGGAGAGGGAAUUAUUGUGUUUUGUCUUUGGGCAUCAUUCUUUCCCAACUGGAUCAGAUCUUGGGAGACUAAAUAUUCCCGGACUCAAUGUCUCUAAAGGAAGGUCUCUGGCAUCUUGAUGAUUACACCUGUAAGAAAAAUAAGGGAACAGGGUUUGGCCCAAACGAAUAUAUUUAAACACACACACACACACACACACACACACACACACACACACACGAGCAUCCCUAUACUUAUAAAUUAGUUGCCUUUUCUAUGAAGCCUGGAUCCAAAACUCACCAAAUGAUACAAAGAAAUUUUGACCCAGAGAUUUCUGCUGGAGUGGAAUCUCCCUGCCUCUUUCCUUCUAUCUCAAUCUCUCUCUCCCUCUCUCUCUCUCUCUCUCUCUCUCUCACACACACACACACACACACACACACAUUCACACACUAUUAAUAGUGGUUAGGUGAAAGGGAACCGGAGAACUUGAGAGGGUUGCGGGGACUGCUCCGCACACAGCCGCAGGCGCAGCGCCCGCUUGGCCUCCGAAGCCUUCAGCCACACUAGCUGGGGCCUCCCGUGACUGGUGGUCAGCGCGCCGCUGGACAGCGGGGAACUUUCAGACCACUCGCUGAGGGCGCAGGGCGCCCCUAGAGACAGGGGGUUGGGACCCGGUACAGAGUGGACGGAAGUAAAGACUGCGCGAGCUGGGGGUGGCGGCAGCCGCGCUCGGGAUCCAUUGCCCUCGGGUCCCAUGGGCUGCGGGACGCAGUGGCUCUGAGCAGGAGCUCGAGCGCUUUCCCGCCCCUCCUGCAACCACGCGGGGCGCGCAGUGAUCCGCGGCGUCCGUCGGCCCCCUCCUCCCACGCCGGCCUUGCAGGGCGGCUCUCCCCGGCAGACCCAAGGCGCGGGCCUCGGCGAGCAGGAGCGAGAUCCGACAGUCGGUCCGGGUCGCCCCAGCUGCGCCUCGCUCCCGGCAGCAAGUUUGCCCCGCGCCGGCCAAGUUGCGAGUGGGGAGCCUCUCCGGGCUCCGGCACAGCGUCCCUGCUUCUCGCUUGGGCUCGUCCCGGCAUGGCCCGGCCGGGAGCAUCGCCCUACGUCUGGGGGUGGCUGGUGCUCGGCGGCUGCCUUCUCUCCGGAGCCCAGCUGGAUUCUGAUGGCACCGUCACAAUUGAGGACCAGAUUGUCCUUGUGCUGAAAGCUAAAGUGCAGUGUGAACUCAACAUCACAUCACAGCUCCAGGAAGGAGAGGGAAAUUGUUACCCAGAAUGGGAUGGACUCAUUUGUUGGCCCAGAGGAACAGUGGGGAAACUAUUGGCUGUCCCAUGCCCUCCUUAUAUUUAUGACUUCAAUCAUAAAGGAGUUGCUUUCCGACACUGUAACUCCAAUGGAACAUGGGAUUUUAUGUACAGUUUAAAUAAAACAUGGGCUAAUUAUUCAGACUGCCUUCGCUCUAUGCAGCCAGAUAGCAGCAUAGGAAAGCAAGAAUUCUUUGAACGCCUCUAUGUCAUGUACACAAUUGGGUACUCUGUCUCCUUCGGUUCCUUGGCUGUGGCUAUUCUCAUCAUUGGUUACUUCAGACGAUUGCACUGCACUAGGAACUAUAUCCACAUGCACUUGUUUGUGUCUUUCAUGCUGAGAGCUGUAAGCAUCUUUGUCAAGGACAAAGUGGUCCAUGCUCACAUAGGAGUAAAGGAGCUGCAGUCCCUGUUGACGCAGGAUGACCUGCAAAGUUCCAUAGAGAUGCCUUCUGUGGACAAAUCACAAUAUAUUGGGUGCAAGAUUGCUGUUGUGAUGUUCAUUUACUUCUUGGCUACAAAUUACUAUUGGAUCUUGGUGGAAGGUCUCUACCUGCAUAAUCUAAUCUUUGUGGCAUUCUUUUCGGACACCAAAUACCUGUGGGGCUUCAUCUUGAUAGGCUGGGGGUUCCCAGCAGCAUUUGUUGUGGCCUGGGCUGUGGCACGAGCAACUCUGGCUGAUGCAAGAUGCUGGGAACUUAGUGCUGGAAACAUCAAGUGGAUUUAUCAAGCCCCAAUCUUAGCAGCUAUUGGGCUCAAUUUUAUUCUGUUUCUGAAUACGGUUAGAGUUCUGGCUACCAAAAUCUGGGAGACCAACGCAGUUGGGCAUGACACAAGAAAGCAAUACAGGAAACUCGCCAAAUCAACCCUGGUCCUCGUGCUGGUCUUUGGGGUGCACUACAUCGUGUUCCUGUGCCUGCCCCACUCCUUCGCGGGGCAUGGCUGGGAGGUCCGCAUGCACUGCGAGCUCUUCUUCAACUCCUUUCAGGGAUUCUUUGUGUCUAUCAUCUACUGCUACUGCAAUGGGGAGGUUCAGUCUGAGGUGAAGAAGUUGUGGAGUCGGUGGAACCUGUCCAUCGACUGGAAGAGGACGCCCCCCUGCGGCGGCCACAGAUACGGCUCCGUGCUCACCACGUUGACCCACAGCACCAGCAGCCAGUCGCAGGCGGCAGCCAGCGCUCGCACGGUGCUCCUCUCCGGCAAGACCACCAGGACAGCCGGCCGCCAGCCCGACAACCACGUGACCUUACCCGGCUACGUCUGGAGCAACUCGGAGCAGGACUGCCUGCCGCACUCGGUCCAAGAGGAGACCAAAGUCGGGAGCUCGAGGCUGGGAGAGGAGAUUCCAAUGGUGGAGUCUCCCAGGCCGCUGGAAUUGAACCCAGACCCGGAAGGAAGCAGAGGAGAAACCAAGGACGUUCUCUGAGUCAACACCUGUGACUUUGAGGAGCUGGGCCCUCUGGUUGUGUUAGAGGAGCUUGGCUGGCAUUCCUCUGCGUGAGCCCCAGAACUGAAAAUUUAGGGUUCAAAGUGUUACUUCACAGAAGUUUUCAGCUUGCAUGAAUUGGAUUCUAUAAAGAGUAAAGACACAAAAGGAGAAGUGUCAGUGGAGUAGUUUAUUACCUUAUUUUGUCAUCAGAUUCUCUUCUAAAUUGUUGUGUGGUACUUGCUCUGUGAUUGUUCAUUUUUUCUGCUACUUUUGGGUAGAAAAUGUUUCAAUUGCUUGGCUCUAGUUUUCUCUCAUGAAAAUAUCACUCUAAGUAUGAUAGAGAUCAUUCCAUAUGUGUCAUUUCCCUUUUAAGAAAUUAGCAUUCUCUUUUUCUCAUUUUAAUGUACUUCUACCAUUGCAUUCCUUUUGCCUGUGCAUAGGAGCAGUUAGGGUCUGAAAACAUACCUUGAACGAUGAAAAAGCUAAGUACAAGUACACACUAGGGGAAAAAGUGGCUGGACUUUGAUAAGAUAAUAAAUUUGUGAAAUAUUUGUUUCUUUCUAGAAACAAGGAAAAUUACUCAAAAUACUAUUGCACCUAUUCUUUCUUUUGAAUGUCUCCUCCAUGACCAGCCAAAUCUCAGGUCUUCACUCCUCUGUAAACCUUGACAUGCCCCCCCGGUUUUCUCAGUCAGUGAGCUUGUGUCUGCAAACUGAUUCUGUUUGUAAUCAUUUGUACUGAUAGUAAGGCACACUGCAUUCGUGCCUUUUUCUUCUUUGUUCUAUUACUA